AUGGUGGGAGGAAAGAGGCUGCUCUCCUCCUUCAUAGCCCCACAUGGCCCCAUGGCGAAAAGAGUGCAUUUCCUCCAACAACCCUGCCCCCUCAAGGGUCUCAGCAUGGACGUCUCGGUUGAUGCUGUGCUACACGUGGUACAUCCUUUUGUUGUCCCACAGGCCAACUUGAAUGUUUUUGCUCCCUCUUGUUCUUCAACACUCCAGGUGGGGGACUGCAUUUCCUCCAACAACCUCAAGGAUGUGAGCAUGGACGCCCCGGAUGAUGCUGUGCUGCGCCUGGCCCAGCUGGCACUCUCCUGCACCGUUGAGCGCACUGCAAGCCGGCCAAGCAUGGCCACCAUUGCCAACGAGCUGCAGGGAAUCAGGCACGAGGUGGUGGGGAAGGAGGAGCUGAGUGCAGCGAUCAAGGUGGAUGUGCAAGCACAGGAGAUGCGAAGUGGGACGUCGUUCCCGAAUGACUUGGCUUCAGAGCUGCAAGCUAUUAGGAGCAUGGAGGAAGAGUGCAAUGGGGAGCAAUCAGGUAGCAUCCGAAGCAGCAGCUGA